AUGAACCACACUUCUCAAGCCUUCAUUACCGCUGCCACUGGGGGACUACCCCCAAACUAUGAAAGAAUCGAAGAAGAAUAUGAGGUGGCCGAACUGGGGGCACCCCACAGAUCAGCUUCUGUCAGAACUACCGUGUUCAACGUGCCCAGAGAGGUCUCUGUGCCUGACCAUGUGGUCUGGUCCCUGUUCAAUACGCUCUUCAUGAACUUCUGCUGCUUGGGCUUCACUGCUUAUGCCUACUCUGUGAAGUGUAGGGAUCGGCAGAUGGCGGGUGAUGUGACUGGAGCCCAGGCCUACGCAUCCACUGCCAAAUGCCUGAACAUCAGCUCCCUGGUCCUCAGCAUCCUCAUGGUCGUUACCACUAUGGUUGCUGUUGCCAUCAUUGCUCUUAACACUCAUUGUCUUCAGACUGGAUAG